UUUGCGACCGCGCGACCCCGGGGCCUGGGGCACCGGGAGGGCCCGGGAGCGGGAUGAGCUUCUACGACGCCUUUCGCGGCUUCUUCGGCUUCCCGGGGCGGCGCAGGCCCCGGGACCCGCUGUUCGGCGGCGCGGCGUGGGACGAGGAGGAGGAGGAUGACGGCCCGUGCCUGGCGCAGCCCCCACAGGACUUCGGCUUCGGGUUCAGCGCCGGCGCGUCCCACGGCACCUUCGAGGAGCUGUUCCGGGACAUGGGCGAGCUCCUGGGGGCCCUCGGGGGGGCCUGGGCCGGGCCCCCGCAGCUCUUCGCGCCCGCCCUGCCCGGCCCUGGCGAGGGGCGGCCGCUGCGGGACUCGAUGCUGAAACAUCCGGACAGCCCCCCCGCCGGCGCGGCCCCGGCGGGCCCCGAGGACGCCAGAGACCCGGCCCGGCCCUGGAGACCCUUCCUAGGGGUGGAAGAUGCUCGCCCGGCUCCUCCCGGCCUCAAGGAAGACCAAGACUUGGACUCCCAGGUCUUCUCCGCGGGGCUGGGGACCAUCCUGAGAGCCGACGAGCCCAAGUCCCGCUCCUACUUCCAGAGCGUCUCUGUCACCAAAGUGACUCUGCCUGACGGGGCAGUGGAGGAGCGCCGCACCGUGCAGGACAGCCAGGGCCGCCGGGAGACCACGGUGACGCGCCGCAGGGGGGACCAGGCCUUCAUCACCACCACCAAGGAGGACGGGCAGGGCAAGGACUACCGGGAGGAGGGCAGCUGGCGCAGUUUGCAGGCUCGUGGCCGCGGCGGGACGAGCUCCGCCUUCCCAAUCCGAGCGACCCGUCCUCCGUCCUGGGCAGCUUCCUCCGACACUGGUUCUCCAGCUGGUAGCUGUGCCCGGCCCUGGCUGAGCACCCAGUGGGUCAGAUCCUCCUGGGAGUUGGCACCUGGGCUGGGGGCUGCCUUCUUUCAGGAGUGCUGUGGAGCCACAGGAACCCCCGUGGGGGCCAAGUGCGUGUGUGUGUACAGAGCAAUAAAGUCUAUUUAUGCUAAACAGUGACCUGCUCUGCUCCUUC